UUGUCAUUUUACCAUAGACAAAAAGUUGUGUUGUAUGAAGCUGUUUCCUGAAUUUAGUUAAUAUUUUACGAUUAGUUACGAUUAAAUCGCAUAAAACUGUGAAGAAAAUUAAUUGUAUUACUAUAAUUACUACUUUUCUACAAAAAAUAUAAACAUGAGUUUCGGCUUGCCCUCUGUGAAAGUGAAGCCUGAGCAUGAGGCCAACUUCAAAAUGCCUCAGGGCACGUUUGGAGUGCCAAACCCGUUCAUCGCCGGUCUGGGUGCCGAGAGACCCAAGCUGGGACAGUCUCAUCCUCUGGAAUAUUCUGAAAGAAAUUACCACAUGAAUGAAGAAAAGAUGAACAUGGCGAUGCUUCGGAACAUGCAAGGCCUACAUGCACCACUGAAACUCACUAUGGAGAAGAAAUUCUGUUCAAAGGUAGGACAUUUACCAUUCCUGCCUAGCUCAAACUUCCAAAUGGAUGUGAUCACUGGCCGGAACCUAGAUGUUGGCUUCGAAGACAUCCUCAACACCCCAGACUUCAGCGAGGUGGCUGGACAGCCGCAUGCGGUCAUGGAGCGCUCCCUCGGACUGCUGUGAAGUAGUUAAGUCUAGUUCUACUGUACAAUCUCUGAAAUAUUGGUUUUUAUGUAAUAAAAUAUUUGUAUUUUAAA